CCUCGCCUCACAAUCUGAAUUUUCUGUCAGACUGAGAUGUAAAUACUGGAAUUUACAAAAAAAAUGUACACUUUUAAAGCACCUUUAAUUGUUUUUAAAGACAGAAAAUGUAAAUUCCACUUUGAAACAUGGCAAAAUUUAAUCACCUACUAAAACAAAGUAGGUGAUCCCACCUACUUUCACUCUGACUCUCUCUCGGUUGGUGAGUUACUCAGAAACUUCCUUCUUCCUUAGUACUUUGCACAUUGAAGCCACAACUGAAGCUCCUCCCUUUCAGCACAUCUGGACGAACAUUGAAGAAGAGAACAUAACUUCUUUUUUAUUUGACUUGCACUACUGGGAAAAGCAGUAAAACACACAUAACCUAGAUUUGCUCUUCAACUACAAGAGCAGUAACUGUAUACUGCUUUAAACGACUGGUUUCCUGAACACACCCUCUUGCACUGGGGCUGCCUCCAACUUCUUUUCAUCCUACGUCUCAGACCAACAACAACUACCAACUUUAGUUUGCUUUCAUUCCCAAGGAUGCCGUUGGGAGGAGGAAAUAAAUGUGGCCGCUGUUCGAAAACGGUUUACUUUGCUGAGGAAGUCCUGUGUGACAAACGAAGCUUCCACAAGUCCUGCUUCCUGUGCAUGGUGUGUGGGAAGAACUUGGACAGCACAACUGUUGCGGUCCAUAUGGAUGAAGUCUACUGCAAAGCAUGCUACGGCAAGAAGUAUGGACCAAAAGGCUAUGGCUAUGGCCAAGGUGCCGGGACCCUUAGCAUGGACAAAGGAGAAUCAUUGGGUAUUACACAUGAAACAUCCGCCCCUCAUCUUCCGACCACAAAUGCAAACCCCUCUAAGAUGGCUCAGAAGUUCGGAGGGUCAGACAACUGUCCCCGCUGUGGCAAAGCUGUUUAUGCUGCUGAGAAAGUGAUUGGAGCAGGGAGUUCCUGGCAUAAGAUUGGGUGUUUCACCUGUGCCACAUGUGGGAAAAGCCUGGAGUCAACCACACUAGCUGACAAGGAUGGACAAAUCUACUGUAAAGGCUGCUACGGCAAAAACUUUGGUCCCAAGGGAUUUGGGUAUGGACUAGGAGCCGGAGCACUGGCCCACACCCAGUGAGAUCCAACUCACGUUUUCAUUACACCGAGCUGCUUUCCAGACCAACACAGGGCAGGUUGCAUUAAGAAAAACCUCCAAAAAUCACCACACAAACACAAAGAAUGCAAACGAUAUUUAAUCCUAAGCCUUGUUUUUGUCUCCAGCCUGUAAUACAAAUGUUGAUGACAACUUUUUGGCCCUGAAAGAAAAUGUGCUUGAGUAGGACCAAAGAUUUAGUCUUGGAAAGGGCCGUUAUUGUUUAUGCUUCACACCUUAUAGCCAUUCAAUCAUAUAUUAGCUGUACAGUGAUUGACCUAAUGCUUUGAAUUACCUUUGGAUCAGAGUGACAUGUUUGGUUUUCAAGAAAAUUCUGAAAUUAAAUGCAGGAAAUACUCCCCGUUUGUGUGCAUUUUAUACUUAAGAAUAAAAAAAGCUCAGUGUCACAAAUGCAGCUUAUCAUUGUACGUGUACACAGGAAUACAAAUAAAGCAGCCAGGUUGGGUGGAUGCCUUUGCGUUUUAACAAAAUGCUUCCUGCACAUUUUAUCAAAUUUUCUCAUAUCACUGUCAUGACACUUCUCAUUCUCAGAUGAUCACAUGAGAUAAAUCCUGUCCAAAUGAGAGAAUAGCAAUACCUUUGAAUCUCUUCUGUCAGGAUGUGGGGAAUGCCAGAAAGAACCAGUAAUUAUCUCUUUUUUUAUGUUUGGAUUGAAAAUGUUUUUCAAAGGUGUUAAUGUAACUUUUUGACAGUAUUCAAAAGUGUAUUUACUUUGUAACAUGGACCAUGUACAAUAAAGCAACUUUAUAUUAAAAA